CUCAAGUGAAGGCUGCGUAUAUAAAGUUCCAGGCUUCCAGCCCCGCGGCCCCCGCCCAAGAUGAUUCCAGCCGUGGCCUUGCUCUUGCUCCUUUUGGUCGAACAAGCAGCUGCCCUGGGAGAGCCCCAGCUCUGCUACAUCCUGGACGCCAUCUUGUUUUUGUACGGUAUUGUUCUCACCCUGCUCUACUGUCGACUCAAGAUCCAGGUCCGAAAGGCAGCUAUAGCCAGCUAUGAGAAAUCAGAUGCUGUCUACACGGGCCUGAGCACCCGGAACCAAGAGACGUAUGAGACUCUGAAGCACGAGAAACCGUCCCAGUAGCCUUACCGCAGAUGACCUGGGGUGCAUUCCUUCCCUCCAGCCCUUGUGGUUGACCUCACUGUGCUAACCUCUGUGCUUUGAAUGCCAGCUGACCUUACUCCCAAUGACGCUAGGCUCUAACGUACACUGGCAGUUCCUCACUGAUGUAUAUUUCCUUACGUCUCCUUUUGCUUCACCUCCCUUUCCUUCCCCGUUCCCCAACUCUUGCUAGCCAAUGAAAAGGGAUUGCCUCCCAAUAAAGCUGCCACAGAUCUGACUCGA